CUACUACAUGUCGUCAUUACUCAGCGACCACAGCUCUCCCCAGUCAGGCCGAAAGGAGGCGCCGGCUGUAGAGUAAGCUCUCCCCGGCGUGUGUCUAGCAGCGCGGUCUUUGUCUGGUCCUCAGCCCCUUAGAGAAGAUGCAGCAGCCCCGGACCUUCAGCUACCCGGAAGUCCUCCGAGACCAGAGCGCAAUAGAUGACUACCAUGGGGUUAAAGUGCCUGAUCCAUACAGGUGGCUGGAAGAUCCAGACAGUGAGCAGACAAAGGCCUUUGUUGAGGCUCAGAACAAACUUACAAUGCCAUUUCUUGAGCAAUGCCCAGUCAGACAGCUGUUUAAAGAACGGAUGACAGAGCUUUAUGACUAUCCCAAAUAUAGCUGCCAUUUUAAGAAAGGGAAGAGGUAUUUCUAUUUCUACAAUUCUGGCCUUCAGAAUCAAAGAGUCAUGUAUGUCCAAGAUUCUCUAGAAGCUGAACCACGGGUUUUUCUUGAUCCUAAUACUUUUUCUGAAGAUGGAACUGUUGCAUUGCGAGGCUAUGCAUUCACCGAAGAUGGGGAGUACUUUGCCUAUGGGUUAAGUAACAGCGGCUCCGACUGGGUUACAAUCAAGUUCAUGAAAGUCAGCAACCAAGAAGAGCUCCCAGAUAUUCUGGAAAGGGUGAAAUUCAGCUGCAUGUCUUGGACACAUGAUGGUGUUGGGAUGUUUUACAACUCAUAUCCUAAACAAGAAGGCAAAAGUGAUGGUACGGAAACAUCAACCAAUAUUCAUCAGAAACUCUUUUAUCAUGUCCUCGGGACCAACCAAUCAAAGGACAUUUUAUGUGCUGAAUUUUUAGAUGAGCCUAAAUGGAUGGGGGGUGCUGAGGUUUCAGAUGAUGGCCAGUACAUACUAUUGUCUAUUCGAGAAGGUUGUGAUCCAGUUAACCGCCUGUGGUAUUGUGAUUUGCACAAGCAACCAAAUGGUAUUACUGGAAUUCUUCCUUGGAUAAAACUGAUAGAUAAUUUUGAUGCAGAAUAUGAAUACAUCACAAAUGAAGGGACGAUCUUCUCGUUUAAAACUAAUCGCAAUGCCCCAAACUACAAGCUGAUCAACAUAGACUUCAGUAAUCCUGGAGAGUCUAACUGGAAAGAGCUUGUGCCAGAGCAUGAAAAAGAUGUUUUAGAAUGGGUAGCCUGUGUUCAUUCCAAGUUCCUGGUGCUAUGCUACCUCCAUGAUGUGAAGAAUGUCUUGCAACUACGUGAUCUUGCCACAGGCAGCCAUCUUAAAACUUUCCCUCUGGAUGUUGGUAGUAUUGUAGGGUACAGUGGCCAAAAAAAAGACUCUGAAAUAUUCUACCAGUUCACUUCGUUUUUAUCACCCGGUAUUAUUUAUCACUGUGACCUGACCAAAGGCACACAGGAGCCAAGGGUUUUCCGGGAAGUGACAGUCAAAGGAUUUAAUCCCACGGACUACCAGACAGUGCAGGAGUUUUACACUAGUAAAGAUGGGACUCAAAUACCAAUGUUUAUUGUCCAUAAGAAGGGUAUUAAAUUGGACGGUUCUCACCCUGCCUUUCUGUAUGGCUAUGGUGGUUUCAAUAUAUCCAUUACUCCAAAUUACAGUGUUUCCAGAUUGAUUUUCGUAAGGCACUUAGGCGGCAUUCUUGCUAUUGCAAAUAUCCGGGGUGGAGGAGAAUAUGGGGAAACCUGGCAUAAAGCUGGGAUCUUGGGUAAGAAGCAGAACUGUUUUGAUGACUUCCAGAGUGCAGCGGAAUAUCUAGUAAAGAAAGGGUAUUCGUCUUCUGAGAAAAUCACUAUCAAUGGAGGAUCAAAUGGUGGCCUUUUAGUUGCUGCGUGUGCUAAUCAGAGACCAGAGCUGUUUGGAUGCGCCAUUGCCCAAGUUGGCGUGAUGGACAUGUUGAAGUUCCACAAGUUUACUAUUGGUCAUGCAUGGACAACAGACUACGGAUGCUCUGACAAUAAAGAACACUUUGAAUGGCUAUACAAAUACUCACCACUCCAUAAUAUUAAGGUGCCUGAAGGAGAUGGGAAGCAGUAUCCAUCCAUGUUGCUGCUCACGGCGGACCAUGAUGACAGAGUUGUUCCUUUACAUUCUCUAAAGUUUAUAGCUACUCUGCAGUACAUUGUGGGUCAGGGAGCAAAGCAAACCAAUCCUCUCCUCAUCCAUGUGGAUACCAAAGCCGGCCACGGGGCAGGAAAGCCAACGGCAAAAGUGAUUGAGGAAGUCUCUGACAUGUAUGCUUUCAUUGCACAAUGUCUAAAUCUCAGCUGGGUUGAAUAAGUAAAACUGAAUGAUUUCAUUUUUAACACAAGGGCUUUUCUGUCACAUGACAAACGUCGGUGUAUUCCUUUGUAAGAAUCAGAGGUUUAUUUGCUAUUUCAUCACUUUACAUGUAUCCCUGUUACUUGAGCUAUACUGAAUAAGAAAUUGAGAUUGCCUUUUGUGGAUCAGAUUAUAAAAGGUAUAUCUUUUUAUGUGAUGAUGGCCCUUGUAAUAACUUAAAGCAUUCUUUAUCUGCAGCAUUUAUCUGAGAAGUUGUAAAUGUGUAUGGCACAUAUCAAAUAAAUAUUUGCUUCUGCUCUA